ACAAAUCUAUAUAUUUCUCAAAGUGUGGAUGAAAUGGACCUGGAGAACGGUUGAAGAAAUCUUAAGGUUAAAGUGGUUUGAGAAACAGCCCGUGCGUUAACCUGGGGGAUUAGCGCGCACACGUCCAGACCGCACUAGAAACACAGCGGCACUUUAUCCACUAAGAACCCGGUACAGCUCGCCUCUGGGUGAGGAGGAUCAGCCCGGGAGCUCGCUCACUUGUUCGGGGGAAAGAGUGGACGGUGAGCUCGUUCUUGCAGUUAGCUUUGGUCGGUUGUGAAGUUGCACCACCAGCAGCGCCAGGGGGCUUCUGCGCGCACCAUGCCCGGCGAUGGCUUCACCUUCCGGGGGCGCAUCAGGAACCUGCUCCGGUCCCCCUCCACCAAACUGCAGGGGAGCAGGAAGGAGUCUAUUAGCAGCCAGGUAACACUGGAGAGGGUACUGGGGGUCACGACCACAGGAAACAGCGGUUUGACCUGUGACCCCUGCUCCGGCCUGGUGGCGUAUCCAGCUGGAUGUGUGGUCGUCCUUUUGAACCCUAAGAACCACCGUCAGCAGCACAUCAUCAACACUUCAGGAAAGACCAUCACAGCCCUGUCCUUCUCCCCUGAUGGAAAGUACCUGGUCACUGGAGAGAGUGGACACUUACCAGCCGUGCGGCUCUGGGACGUGGCACAGCGCCAUCAGGUGGCCGAGCUGCAGUCGCACAAAUAUGGAAUUUCCUGUGUGGCCUUCUCUCCCAACGGGAAAUACAUCGUCACCGUGGGAAACCAGCACGACAUGAUGAUCCAUGUGUGGGCUUGGAAGAAAAAUGUUGUAGUGGCUGCCAACAAAGUGUCCAGUAAAGUGAGUGGAGUUUCCUUCUCCGAGGACAGCUCCUACUUCGUCACCGUGGGCAACCGUCAUGUUAAAUUCUGGUAUCUGGAUCAGUGUAAAACAAAUAAGUCCAGUGCCCCAGUCCCUCUGCUGGGACGCUCAGGGCUGCUGGGAGAUCUCAGGUAUAACUUCUUCAGUGCUGCGGCGUGUGGGCGUGGCUUAAAGUCUGACUCCGCCUUUUGCCUCACCUCGUCCGGCCUCCUCUGUGAGUUUAACCACCGCAGGACGCUGGACAGAUGGGUCGAUCUAAAGACAGGUGCAGCUCACUCUCUGUGCGUCUCAGAGGACCUGGUUUUCUGUGGUUGUUCUAAUGGCACAGUCCGAGUCUUCAGCUCCACAGACCUGAGCUUCGUCUGCACCCUGCCCCGCCCACACACCACCCUGCCCCACCCACAAACCAUCAGUUCCAAUAUGGAUGCCCGUUACCCAGAUGCCAUUGCGGUGACCUUUGACCCUGUCAGGGGCUGGCUCAGUUGUGUGUACAGCGACCACAGUGUGUUUGUGUGGGACCUGAGAGAUGUGAAAAGAGUGGAGAAGGUUCACUCUGCUCUGUACCACAGCGCCUGCGUCUGGGACCUGCAGAUGUUUCCAGAUGUUCCGUGUCACUCUGGUUUGUCGUCAGGUUCCUUCUUCAGCUGCUCGGCUGAUAACACCAUCAGAGUUUGGUGGAUGAGUGAUUCAGUUCAAACACCGCUCCAGCCCAAAAACCUUAUUACUAAUGACCUGUUGAACAUACUGUAUAUUGAUGGAAACCCAGCCUCCCCAGUGGACUCUGAAAGUACUACACACAUUACUGCAGAUAAAACAGGAGAUGGGCAGAGUGCAGAGAACAGAACGGGCAUCCGGGUUAUUUCUGUCAGCCCUGAUGGAAAGCACUUGGCAUCUGGAGACCGCAACGGCAUUCUCAGAGUGCACGACCUUAACAGUUUGGAACAGAUUCUCAAAGUGGAGGCUCAUGACGCUGAAAUCCUCUGUUUGGAGUACAGCCAACCAGACACAGGUGUGAGUUUCCUGGCGUCUGCAAGCAGAGACCGUCUGAUCCACGUCCUGGACUCAGACACAGACUACAGCCUCGUACAGACUCUAGACGACCACUCCUCCUCCAUCACUGCCCUCAAGUUCACUGCAAAUGACGACAAAGUUCGGCUGAUCAGCUGUGGGGCAGACAAGAGCAUCUACUUCCGCACUGCUCAUGAGACUGAAGGGGGCGCUGAGUUUCACCGCUCCCAUCACUCGGUAAAGAAGAGCACCCUGUACGACAUGAGCAUCGACCCGACCUGUAGAUAUGCCGCUGUGGGCUGUCAGGACCGCUGCAUCAGGCUUUUUGACAUCAGCUCAGGUAAACAGAAAAAGGCCUUUAAAGGAUCAUUGAGUGAAGAUGGCAGUCUGCUCAAGGUUCAGAUCGAUCCCUCUGGUUUGUACAUAGCCACCAGCUGCUCAGAUAAAAACAUCAGCAUCUUUGAUUUCUACACUGGAGAAUGUGUCACCACUAUGUUUGGACACUCAGAGAUUGUCACUGGGUUGAAAUUCACCAGUGACUGCAAGCAUCUGAUUUCAGUCUCAGCAGACAGCUGUGUCUUUGUGUGGAGACUGGCCCCCGAACUCGCACUGAAGAUGAGACAGAGACUCCGGCAGCUCAGAGAGGACCCGAGCGCACCCAUACACCGCACAGACAGCAGGAGAGAGCUGCACAGCGCUCCACCUCUAGAGGGUCUCUCUUUAGAAAGUGACCAUGAGCACGAAGACACGGUGACUGAAGAAGAGCAGACUGUCACCUCUGACAGCAGCCACGAAGAAGAGGACACAGGUGGCUCAGAUGAAGGACAGGACUGGGAGCUGCCAAAGCCCAGGACAGUGACCUCAGAGCAGGCUAAGCGUCCCCGGAGGCAGUGGUCUCUCAGGGGAGGGUCUCUGGAGCUCAUGGUCAAGUCCAUGUUGGACCUGAGGCAGCUGGAGACGUUUGGGCAGAAGAAAAGCCCCAACAGCCCCAACGGCUCCCUCCAAACCUGGGACAGGAGGAGCAUGUGCAACCUGCAGGACCCUCUGGUGGAUUACGGAUCCAGGCAGCGCAGGACUUUACAACACUCUGACUGGCGCUCUCUCUCCCGGAGCGUCCCUGGAGCUGAAGAAGUUCUGCCCUUCACCGAGGACAGAGAAAGUGAUUACAGAGUGAAGAGGCCAGUGUCCAGCAGGGGGCAGUGGAGAGGGAGGAGCAGCAAGAGCCAGGAGAGCCAAAGUCCGGACAGCGCCUGUUCUGUGGGAUACGACAGCAGAGAGUCCAGCCCUGACUACCUCCUGGACGAAGUGGACUCUUUGAACCAGGACAGCUCAGAGGAGAUAGAAGGAGCAGAAAAGGAGGAGGGAGAAGAGGAUCAGGUCUCUCCCCUCACAGUGAGCAGUGUAGAGGAGGCUCUGAGGACGGUGACUGAAGACCACACAGAGGACAUCAUCAACAACAACCACCAGGAUCUAAAACACAACAAGAACAACAGCAGCAACAGCAACAGGGCGGCUCAGAGCCCAGUCCCCAGUUUCUCUUCACGCUUCCUGAGCAGAGGACAGAACAGCGCUAAGCCCCCAGUGUCCAAAGUGCGCCCCCUAAUGGGGAAUGUACAUGACAGAUUCACUGAAGACGUUAAAUCUACUAAUGACAAGUGUGUGAGAUCAGACACAGUCAGUGCACCUCUCCUCCGGGCUCAGAAGAACAAGAGGCCCCCUGGUGGACACUUGUGGAGACGGUCCAUCCCUUCAGCCAAAGCUCCUCCUCUGGACACAAGCAACUGUUUAUAUAAAGCUCACUCUGUGCAGAACCUGCCCUCUCAAACUCCUGUCUCACCUGUCCCCUCCAGUGAGCGUAGACAAACCCCACAGCGUCCUCAACACCUGUUUUUGGACCGGCCCAAACCCUCCCUCCUCCUCUCCUCUCCUCCCUCCUCUUCCUUCUCUUCCUCCCUGUCCCCCCUCUCCCCUCUGCCCUGGGACCCCACCCCCUCUCCCAGGACCCCCCACUCCUACAUGAACCCAACAGCCAGCUCCAUCGCUAAAAUUAGCCGCUCAUUCUCCGUGGGCGAAGGAUUGCAACUCGGAUCACCGCCGCGAUCGCCAAAUUUAACCAAAAAACAACCGAAUCUGGAUGCCGCUGACCUUCCUUUGCUCGCUUCGUCUCCUGUGGGAUUUUCGCUAUCCAAAAGUCCCUCUCCGACCCCUCCUCGCCACACUUCUAUAACCCCCUGUGUAGUCAGUCCUUCUCGGAUACCUCAACUCAGGCACCCCGUCAGCCCGCGACGCUGCCUGGCUCCAGAAUUCAGCCAGUCUCGAUCUUGUGCCCCCACCAGCCCGGACCUUGCCUCUGUCACUGCCUCUGGAAACGAUAAACCAGUGCACAGGCCACACACCAGAGAGCUGCCUGUUCAGAGCCCGCUGCCACUGAAGACGAAGACGAGGUCCGUGUGUGAGAGCGUGACGGAGGCAGAGCAGGUGGAGGUGGUGGAAGGGGAAGAGCGCCCUCUGGUGGAUGAGCAGAGUGGUAUGACAAGUGCAGACUCAAAGAAAGAAGAGUCCAUCACCGUGGAAACGUGUCGUCAGGUGAUCUCCGAGCUCCAGGACUGUCUGAGGAGGAGCAUCCACGCCUACACCACGGUCGUUGGCAGUGGCUCAGACCUGACUGAGGACCAGCAGCAGAUGAAGAGCCUCUUGUCCGCAGCCUUUGUUUCUAUAAAGACGGAGCUCCACUCUCUCCCUCCUCCCCCUCCUCUCCACCCGCAGGAAGAGGGCUCUCAGGUGGACACAGGAGAGGGGGAUAAGACCCUGGUUCUGCUGGAGCAAUACGCACAGCUCCUGCUCCAGUCCGUCGAGAAGAAACUAGAUAAUAAAACCUGAAAUAUUAAGAUUACAUGAUAGUAUGGUCGAUGCACUGCAAAAAAUAAUAUCUAUAACCAUUGGACUAGAUUAUUUUAUUUAUUUAUGGAUAUUUUGAACUGGUUUCAUCAUCUGUAAUUUGUAUUUUAAUUGAGAUUUGUGGAAUAUUCUUCACUUGCAUAUUGACCAAAUCACCUAGACUAGACCAGGACUAAACCAGGACUAGACCAGGGCUAGACCAGGACUAAACUAGAACUAAACCAGGACUAAAUCAGGACUAGACCAUGACUAAACAUGGACCUGACCAGGACUUGCCCAGGACUUGCCCAGGACUUGCCCAGGACUUGCUCAGGACUAACCCAGGACUAAACCAGGACCAGACCAGGAUUAAACCAGAACUAACCCAGGACUAGACCAGGACCAGACCAGGAUUAAACCAGAACUAACCCAGGACUAGACCAGGACUAAACCAGGACUAAACCAGGACUAAACCAGGUCUAGACCAGGUAGAAGUCUUCACCAGGAGGACUUAACUGAGCUCAAACACAUCGUAAGUACUAAAAUUUUCUUACUCCACUUAAAUCAGAUUUUGCUUGAAACCAGGGACAAUGAAAACCAAUAAGAGACAAGUUAAAGGUCCAGUAUUACGCAAAACUGACUCUUGUGAGCUUUAAGCCUUGUUAUAAUGCUUGGCAAAGGAGAAAUUCAAUUUGUCAACUGGAUAAACGUUUAUUUGCUUCUCUGCUUCUGUUCUUAGAAUGCUGUUACUUCCUCACAUACACACCUGGAGUUUGGUUUGUUUCAUCCACACAUGUUUGACUAAUCCAGCAUUGUUAGUCUGUCUAAGCUCAAAAUGCUCUAUUCCACCUUGUGAUGUCAUGAAGAAGUAGUUUUAAAGUUAACAGCUACCUUUUGUUUUGCAGAGGUUGGCAAUUCCAGGGUUGAAAUUACACAAAUGAUUCUAGUGAAGGUGUGGAGUUUUAAAACACAAUGGAGUACUUGUAUUUGUAUUACCACAUGACAUCACAAGUCGAAACAGAGUAUUUUCAGUUUGACAGAAGAACUCAGCCCAAAUAUGCACAACAAAACGCAACUCCAGGUCUGUUUGUGAUGAGGAAAAUCAUUAUAACAUAGAUCAGAAAAUAGAGUAAUAUAGGCCCUUUAACUAAAAUAUGUCUAAUACAGAAGUAAACAAACUGAAACUAGGUUAUGUAGGAUUCAUUUUUUACGGUGUACUUUGCACAUAUAAGCUCGAUGAAUGCGUUCUUGCACAAUUUUGUAGAUAUUGUACUGAUUUAUUUAUAUUGUAUGUCCAUAUUAUGAAUGUUCAGGAUAGAGUUGAGAAUGAUAAAAAGUUGCCUUAUAUUUUAAAAGUCCUAUAGCUCUUUUAAUGU